AUGAGAAUUAUUGUGAAUGACAAGAGAUUGUUCAAGGCUGCAUUGAAGCCCGUAUCAUGCAGGAAGGAAAUCACAAUUGAUGCAAUGCACAGUAAGGUGAUCGUGUCGUCCCAUGGAUUCUCACAUGGACAGUGCAGCUUCUAUUUGGCAAUUGAUGCGGAGGUGUCUGGCAUUCCAACCGAUUCGGAUCAUCUUGUGUUUAGUGUGAAUCCGUCUCAUCUAUUUGAAGGUGUUUUGCUGCUAGACGUGUAUGAUAUACUAGUUGCUGACUGCAUGAAGCUGACAGAUCUCAAAAGCACUAUAAUGAUUCCGUUUAUUUCCACAGUAGGAACUGAAUACGAAGACGUGGGAGUGCCUGUUACAAAGUGUGUGUUGGCGCCAAGGAUUGCUGUGAAGCUUGGCAUGCUAAGAGGCAUAGUUGUGUAUGAAGCGGCACAGAGCAGGCUGAUUGUCAAGAAGAACACAUGUGAUGGCAUUGAUGAGGUUGAGAUUAUCCAUACAGAAUUUCUAGUGAAUGGAGACCUGAAGUUCAAGUGCAACAAUGACUGGACUGACCUUCUUGAUGCUUUUGAGGAGCAUUCGGAGAGUGUAAUGCUGACAUUCAGCUCAAGCAUACUAUCAGUCCAGUUUUUACUCAAGAACCACACAGAAGGAUACUUGGAGAUUCAAGUGCCUAGGAUGGUUGCUGAUCAAUUCAUGUAG